CUUGUUGAUAUGACGACACAACUAUGUGGUCAAACAAUGGUUGCAUUUUCUUCAUCUCUUGUCAAGUUGAUAUAACGUCAUAUAUUUUUGUAAAUACUAAAUAUGAACAAAAAUCGCUGGACAAGGCUUUUUGAACGGCAGCGCAUGAACAAAAAUGAAGAAGAAAGUAAGGGACAAGAGUCAACCUUGAAGAAAAAGAAAGACGAGACUCCAAAAACAAACUGGAAGGAAUGGGUAAUCGAUCCAUCAGAAGAAUUUUAUUAUACAUGGUUGCAAAUUAUGACGCUCCCUAUCUGCUACAACUGGGUCAUCAUAAUAUGCAGGACAUGUUUCUAUACAAUUGAGGAGGCAUAUGUCGCAACAUGGCUCACCUUGGAUUACCUCUGUGACUUGGUUUAUGUGCUUGACACAAUUAUUGGGUUUCGCACAGGUUUUCUGGAGCAGGGUAUCCUGGUGCGAGACUUGUCCCGUUUAAAAACGCGUUAUUUACGCUCCUCUCGCUUCAAGUGGGACAUGACCUCCCUGCUGCCCACGGAUCUGCUCUACCUACAGCUGGGGAUCCACACACCUCUGGUCCGGGUGAACCGCUUCUUGCGCACAGGCCGUCUGAACGAGGCCCUGGACCGCAUGGAGACGCGCACAUCCUUCCCGAACGCCUUCCGCGUUGCCAAACUCAUGCUGUAUAUCUUCGUCCUGAUCCACUGGAACGCAUGCAUCUACUUCUCCCUGUCAAAUUACAUAGGGUUUGGCGCGGACCCCUGGGUCUACCCCAAUAUCUCCCACCCGGAGUUUGCCUCCAUGAGACGCCAAUACUUUUACUGCUUCUGGUUUUCCACCCUCAUCCUCACCACAGUGGGCGACACACCAACGCCCGAGCGGGAAGAAGAGUAUAUGUUUCUGAUCGCAGACAUGUUGAUCGCCGUGUUGGUGUUUGCUUCGGUCGUGGGCAGCAUGGGGGACGUGAUUUCCAGCUUGCGUGACCGUGACAAUGUGUUUUUUCCUGACCACGAGCUGGUGAAGGGUUACCUGCGCAGCCACCGCAUUAGCAAGGAGCUGCAGAAGCGCGUCAACGACUGGUAUCAGCAUCUGCACAUCAACAAAAAGAUCACACGGGAGAAUGAGAUUCUUCAACAUCUUCCAAUGACACUUCAGACAGCCACUGCCGUGAGCGUGCAUCUGCCCACUUUGUCCAAAGUCACCAUCUUCCAGAACUGCGAGAACAGUCUGUUGGAGCAGCUGGUACUUAAACUCACCCCACAGGUGUACAGCCCGGGUGAAUACGUGUGCAAGAAGGGUGAUGUAGGCCAUGAGAUGUACAUAAUUAAAGAGGGUAAGCUGGCAGUGGUUGCAGAUGAUGGAGUCACUCAGUUUGCAGUCCUCGGGGAUGGAAACUUCUUUGGAGAAAUCAGCAUCCUAAAUAUCAAAGGUAACAAAUCAGGAAACAGACGAACGGCCAACAUUCGUAGCAUUGGAUACUCAGAUCUGUUCAGCCUAUCAAAAGAGGACUUGACAGAAACCCUUCUGGAAUACCCUGCUGCCAAGCGUCUGCUGGAGGAGAAGGGUCGGCAGAUCCUCACCAAAAUGGGGAUGCUAGAAGAGGCUGUCGAAGGGGAGGGAGAGGUGGAGAAAACAGAGGACAAGGUGAACCGCCUAGAGGGCAUCCUGGAGAUGCUGCAAACCAAACUGGCCCGGCUGAUCGCUGAACUGGAGUCCAGUGCCCGCAAAAUGAUGCAGCGAGUAGAUCAACUGGAACUGCAGACCGAAGGAUGGGAAGGCAUUGUGGCAGAAGGUGCACAGGUGGAGAUAGAGGAGAGGGCAAAAAUAAAAGAGAGGGAGAUUGGGGAUGGAGAGGGUGAAGGUGAAAGAGAGAAGGAGGAUAAAGAGGAGCCUUUGGUGGAAGGAGAGAGAGGAGAGGGUGAUGGAGGAGAGGAAAGCCUGGGAGAAAAGGACAAGAAUGUAGGAGGAAACGAGAUAAAUGAAGAAGAGAAAGAGGAGAAAGAAAUUAUAAAGACAGAAACACAGCAGGAUGAGAAAGAAGAUGAAAAGUAGGUAGAAAAUCUAUAAAAUAUCAUUUCUAUAGGUUUGAGGUCAGAGUGUUUAUUUAUUAAUUGCUUUAUUUAGCAAUGAUUCAUUAAGAUCAUUAAAAAGUGAAUACAUGUAGAAAAUGUACUUAUACAUGUAAAUAAUAAAUGUUUGUAUUCAAUCUUUUGAAUCAUCAAAGAAAAUACACAUACACAUAAACUAAAACAUAUAUUACAGUAUGAGUUGCACAAAAAUAAAAGAAUAUUGUAAUAAUGUUUCAGAAUAUUAUUUACUAUAUCUUAAACACAGUAAAAGCAAUAGAUUAAAAAAUAUUAAAAACCUCACUCCUCAGAUCAAACUUUAAAGACUAGAGUACUGCAGUUUAUCAUACAAUGCUUAUAAGAUUCUGACAUUUACAUCUGAAAGACAAUAUGUACUGUCAUGAGUGCAGUAUCCUGUGAUACAUUAAAGAAAAGUGUAUAAUAAU